CUUAGGACGGUAGAUCUGGGUAGGAUAUAUCCUACGAUAUCGAUUGGAUUGUAGCACCGAAAUGAUUACCACACUUGAUCAUUUCCUUCUUAAAGCUAAUAAAUGCGCAGUAAUUAAACAAAUCCUUCCUGCUUCUAGAAUAAAAAAAAAAUAGAAAAGGCUUCCAGCCUGCCACUGCUCUGCUCUUACCCUUUGUCUUUCCGUCUUCUUGUCUCUCUGAUUCGCACUCCUCCUUUCCCUUCUUCUUCUUCUUCCUCACUUUGUGGGGAAGCGAAGCAUUCUUUUCUUCUUUGUGUCUCUCUAUCUCUCCAUUGGGGUAUUUUCUUUCUCUUGCUUCAAGAAUAGAAACGCAUUAUUACCAAAACCAAAGCCAAAACUCAAAAAGAAGCAACACACUCAAAAAAAAAAAAAAACAGAGACCCCACCCACCACGAAACUCAAAUGGGAGAAUCAAGAGAUACCCACAUGGGCAAGACCUGUGAUAUAUGUGGUGAUGUUGGUUAUGAGGAACUAAUUAGAACAUGCUCUCAAUGCACCAUCGGGCGUCAUCUAUAUUGCAUGAGGGUUUUAGUGAGGGACGUGAAGAUGGCAGAAGAUUGGGUUUGUGAAGUAUGUCGUCCGAAGAAAGACAUAGAUUCUGAAAAAUCUGGCCAGACGGAAGAUGUUCUGGAUUCCUCUGGAAAACUAUUUUUUGACUUAGGAAGACAGGUUACAUGUAAAAGGCAGAAGGCUGUUGAAACUGGGAAAGUGAAGUUCCUUCCUACUGAGGAGGUCAUUAAGCUAUCAUCAGGCUCAACAAAAAAUGCAUUUCCUUUGAAGAGCAACUUCGGAUCAGACCCUGUGCCAGCAAACUUCACUCCACCUCUUUCCAAGAGGACAUUUAUGGGAUCUAAAACUGUUGGCCCUUAUUUUAACCCAAUAAAGGUGAGAAGAAAUACUAGUUUUCUACAGUUGGGAUCUGUGAACCCUCCUAGACGUGGUGGUGUGCAUAUCAGUUCAUCAAUUAGUCAACUUGCAGUCAAAACAUCAAAGGAGUCAAAAGAAGGUGCCCUUGUUGUUCCCAACAAAGAGAAUGUUUGCAAGGGACACACAUUGGAUGCCACCCCACCUGAUGAAGAGCACAGAUCUCUUCAUACAAAGACAGAUGAGGCUAUGACAUCAAGCAGACCUUCCACAUCAAGGCCUCGUACAACUAUUGUAGGUUCAGGUCGAAACUUUCAAGAUGCUGCUGAACCUGAGAACUCUGAUUUUUCAGAAAGAGAAAGCUGGAAUAGGCUUAAGAUUUCCCUUUAUCGCCCACAUUUACCUGCUCUCUAUACUACCUGGACGGGAGGUUUCAAAUUUCUUGAUGCUGCUACCCGAGGUGAAUUUUAUGGUGGUUUCCUGGCUCGACCACCAUGCAGAGUCCAUCGUAAAGCAUUUGAGUUUUCACAGAAAAUGCCCCCUAUCCUUCCGGUUAAUCUGCUUCCUCGGUGUCACCUUCAGGCAGAUUUAUUCCAGAAUGGUUGUCUACAUCUUUGUGACAUUGCAUUGUACAUUUUUCCUUUGAAUUAUGACGAAAGAUCCCAAAAGGAAUACAACGAACUGUUUCAGCUCAUGGAGAUAAAAAGUUCAGUGAUGAUAAGUUACAUUGAUGGUGUGGAGUUGUUUAUAUUUACAUCUAAACAGUUGCAUAUGGACUCACAGGAUGUGUUUUCUAGGUCAAAUAGAGACUUUUUCUGUGGAGUCUUUCGCCAUGCAAAAGAUAAUCAAAUGAAAGUAUAUCAGAACCUUCCUUCUUUAGUGUUUCCUUUGGAACGUACACAUGAUGAUAGUGCCAAUAUGGUUAGCAGCAAGGCUUUUGAUAUGAAUAUUAACAUGGUAGGUGGAAAAAUUGUAGGGAUUCCUGACAUGGUUGUUUCAAAAGAGUCAACACGGAAGUUCAAUGAAUCGGUUGCUAGAGAAAAUCUUGAUGUGAUUAGUGGUAGGAAAUUUUCCACUGUCUCAGGGGACUUGAAUUCUGUGAUUCAACCUAUUAAACUAGAAUUUAAGCCAGAAUGCUGCAAUGACUCUAAUUCACCAUCUAAAAGUACUGAAAAAAUCAAGAGCAAAUUCAAUCUUGAGCCUGCUGAGUAUCCUUUGAAAAGCUCACUUGGUAGGGCGUGUGGUAGUAUGAGUGAAACUGAUACACCUCCUGGUUUUGAAGUUGUGUCAAAACUAAAUUCUAUUGAUAGAGUGCCUAAAGCCACAAGUGUGGUGGAGAAAAAAGAUUUGGAUGAGAGAAGAAUAAAGAGUCACGUAAAAUCUAUUGAUAGAGUGCCUAAAGCCCCAAGUGUGGUGGAGAAAAAAGAUUUGGAUGAGAGAAGAAUAAAGAGUCACGUAAAAGAGGAGAUUGGUUGUCAGGGUGUCUUUCAAGUAGCUUUUGGAGGUAGUAGUCCACAACCUCAAGGAUCUAUAGAAGAUGCUAGUUUACCUGGAUCUCAAAAAGUGCACCAGGUUUUGGCAUAUCAUCCAGUAAAUGAUCCUUCAGCUGCUUGUCCUCCUCCUUCCUCUUUGUCAGUAGAGGGGACUAAUGUUGGACCGAUAAUUAAAAUUGAAGGAAAUGACAAUGAAAAGCCCUUAGAAUCGAGAGAGAAGAAAGGUCUGCAAGGUGCACCAUUCCUCAGCAAGGACAAAUCUCAAGUAAUUGCAGGUUUACUCUGUGGUCCAUGUGCUGUAGAUGUGAAAGCUGAAGUGCAAGAGGUGGUAAAUGAGCAUUCAGCUGCUUAUCCUCCCUGUUUGUUAGGUCAGAGUACAAAAAUUGGAUUGGAAAUCCAAACCUUAGAACAUGAAAAAGAAAAACCCAUUGAAACGAGGGAGAAGAAAGGUAUGGGAGGUUCAUCAUUCCUUUGCAAGGACAAAUCUAAAAUGGUUGCUGGUUCAUUCAAUGGUCCUUGUGCUGUAGAGGGGACUAAUGUUGGACUGAUAAUUAAAAUUGAAGGAAAUGACAAUGAAAAACCCUUAGAAUCGAGAGAGAAGAAAGGUCUGCAAGGUGCACCAUUCCUCAGCAAGGACAAAUCUCAAGUAAUUGCAGGUUUACUCUGUGGUCCAUGUGCUGUAGAUGUGAAAGCUGAAGUACAAGAGGUGGUAAAUGAGCAUUCAGCUGCUUAUCCUCCCUGUUUGUUAGGUCAGAGUACAAAAAUUGGAUUGGAAAUCCAAACCUUAGAACAUGAAAAAGAAAAACCCAUUGAAACAAGAGAGAAGAAAGGUAUGCGAGGUUCAUCAUUCCUUUGCAAGGACAAAUCUAAAAUGGUUGCUGGUUCAUUCAAUGGUCCUUGUGCUGUAGAGGACAAAGCUGAAAUGCAGAAGGUGGAAUAUGAGAGAGUAAAUACCGGUCAUAGACUGCAAACUACAUUGCCCAGAAACAUGGAAAAGUCAUUAUGUUUGGGGCUGGCUGCUUCAAUAAGAGUAAAGCUGAGUGUAGCUGGGAGGUCAAGUGGGAACCCUGGUGCUGCUAGUAUCGGUGGACUAAUUCGUGACGAAUCAGGAGAGUGGAUUGUAGGCUACAAUCUUAACUUGGGCACAUGUGGUUCUUUAGCAACAGAUUUGUGGGCACUAUUUCAGGGAAUAAAGUUUACUUGGGAUAGAGGGUAUAGGAAAGUCCUGGUAGAAUCAGAUUCCAAUGCUGCAAUGGAGUGUUUAAAGAAAGCCCCCUCUCAUCUGAGUUCUAAUAGAGCCCUUAUUGAAAGCUGCAUUGAUCUUAUCAGUCGUAAGUGGGAUUGCAAAGUGUAUUCUAUCCGAAGGGAAGAGAACUUGUGCGCUAAUUGGUUAGCUACUCAUGUUGAAGGCUGUCCACUGGGAUUAUCUAUCAUUAAUGUGCCACCUUCGGAACUAAUUCCUCUUUUGGAAGAUGAUCGUAUACGAGUUGCUUGCUCAUACUCCUGAUUCUCCAUCUGCAGUAUGCUUUUGCACAUGUAAAUCUGGCUAAAUUAUCGAAUUCUAGAAAAGGAAGCAGAAAAAAAAAAAGACUCAGGACAUAUAUUUCUCAGUUACCAAGUACAGUAGCUGUUAUACUAUACAUUUUGUAAAGCCUCUGCCAGGGAGUUCAACUUUUUUGCCUUCUAAAAAAAAUAGUAUCCUGUAAAAUCUCGGUGUCUACCUGUUCAGUUUGAAGUUUGUUUUAUAAAGUUUUCCUGUUGUGAAUUGUAUCAAUGACUGACUUGGUUCUAACUGAAUUAUCUUGUAGCUUAUCAUUGUGCAAAAGUUCAAAACUCCAGGGAGGAACAAUAGUAAGUAUUUUUAUGG